GCGCUGCAGUGGGGAUGUGGCGAGCGUGACGUGAUUUUGUCCGCGUUGGAACUGGGGGCGGCCGUGGUGGCGAGCGUGACGUGGCAGAGACCGAGCGAGGCUCCCCCGGAUACAAGAGCAGCAGCAGUAGCCGCCGCCAGCAGUUGCUGGGCCGGGACCCCGCGGAGGGAUCUGAAAAGAGAGACCGGGAUUGGGGCAUAAACCGCUGCCGCGCACACACUCCUCCCGCUCGCCGCCGCCCAGCCCGAGCCGCCAUGGGCCUCACCAUCUCCUCGCUCUUUUCACGUCUCUUCGGCAAGAAGCAGAUGCGCAUCCUCAUGGUUGGUUUGGAUGCUGCUGGUAAGACAACUAUUCUGUAUAAACUGAAGCUAGGAGAAAUUGUCACCACAAUUCCCACUAUUGGUUUUAAUGUGGAAACAGUAGAAUAUAAAAACAUUUGUUUCACAGUUUGGGAUGUUGGUGGUCAAGAUAAAAUUAGACCUCUUUGGAGGCAUUACUUUCAAAACACACAGGGUCUCAUUUUUGUGGUAGAUAGCAAUGACAGAGAGAGAAUUCAGGAAGCAGCAGAAGAACUGCAGAAAAUGCUUCAGGAAGAUGAGUUGCGAGAUGCAGUGCUACUGCUUUUUGCGAACAAACAAGACUUGCCAAAUGCCAUGGCAAUCAGUGAAAUGACAGAUAAACUAGGUCUUCAGUCUCUGCGUAACAGAACUUGGUAUGUCCAAGCGACCUGCGCUACACAAGGAACUGGUCUGUAUGAGGGACUUGACUGGCUGUCAAAUGAGCUCUCAAAACGCUAACUCAAACUGGAUGACUUUCUCACCAGGGACAUGUUUGAUAUAAGUGGUCUAGGCUUGUUACAACAAAAUUAGUUUGCAUCUUGGUUAUUAAACAGUAUCUGGAACGGGUUUGGGCAGGAUAUUACAGCGUUUCAACUUAUUUUGUUGCCAAUUAUUGUUUACCAAGCUAUAUGUUGCAGAAGUAGCAAUGUGCUUGGGUUUAAAAAAAACAAACUCCUUAACUUGGAAAAAAGUGUAUCUUCUGAUUUUUACUUCCCUUGUUAUGUUAAAUGCCUGAAUAUAGUUAUUGUGACACCUUUAAAAUCGGUUUUGAAUACUUUUUGAGCCCCAAUAAAUUAAGUAAUGUUUUUUAAAGAUUUCCCCCCUGCUACUUUAGUUUACUGAUACCUUAUUAUUUCAUUCCUCAGACAGUCUGCUGAUUUAAAAAUGUAGCAUUCCAUUUAUAUUUAUUUCUCUCCCUUGCCAAAAAAGACUUGUUCCAGCCAAAAAAAUGCUCUAAAACACUAUUCAAAUCUACUGCACUGAGGAACAUUUUAUUAACCUUGGGUUCCAUCAGCCCAACUUGCCUUUGUGUGAAUUGGAUUUGAUGGGUAGCAUAGUUCUGUGCUGGUUGCAAAGAGCUCAUGUUGAGGUGGUUUUUAAUAUUCAGCAGAUUGUCUUCCUUUAUAUUGUAUCUCUUUAUGUUGCAUGUUGCUUUUUGGUAUCAGCCUGAAUGUUUUCGCCCAGUGUAUAAUAGUUCUGCUGAAGUUUUACUGUUUGUUGGUGAACAUAUCUUCAUAAAGAGAAAUUUUGGAAAAAUCAUCAAACUCAAUGGAUUAGUUUCUUCAUAACCCACUUGGAAUUAUUCCUAAUAAAAUUAUAAAAUGUAUAGUUUUGUGUAUGCUCUUAUUGAAUUUUAAAUUUGUGAAACUGAUACGAACAUUUGACACUUAUUCUUUUUCCAUAAAUUGAGUUGUUCUGUAGUUUGUGAACACAAAUCUGAUUUUCAAUUUUUGAGGGAGGGUCCCUGAAGAUGGGCAGGUAACUUGUAUACAGUGCAGUAGGUAAUCAUCAUCAAGACUUAAAUAAUUCUGUACAAGUGUCUUUUGAAGCUGUAAAUCUAAAAAUCCUUUUAAGAUGUUCAGAUAUGAAAAUACUAACCAUUACAAUUGUAAUAAAAACAAAUACAAACUGCCCAAAAA